AGUGCUGCAGCAGCUCCCAGUCCAGUGCUAGGAAACAUUCCCCCAGGAGAUGGCAUGCCAGUAGGUCCUGUACCACCAGGUUUUUUUCAGCCUUUCAUGUCCCCUCGGUACCCUGGAGGUCCAAGGCCACCUUUAAGAAUACCCAAUCAGGCACUUGGAGGUGUCCCAGGAAGUCAGCCAUUAUUGCCUAGUGGGAUGGACCCGACACGGCAGCAAGGGCAUCCAAACAUGGGUGGUCCAAUGCAGAGAAUGACUCCUCCAAGAGGAAUGGUUCCUUUAGGACCGCAGAACUAUGGAGGUGCAAUGAGACCCCCACUGAAUGCUUUAGGUGGCCCGGGGAUGCCUGGAAUGAACAUGGGCCCAGGCGGGGGUAGACCUUGGCCAAACCCAACCAAUGCCAAUUCUAUACCUUAUUCUUCAGCAUCUCCUGGGAACUAUGUAGGUCCUCCAGGAGGUGGAGGGCCACCAGGAACACCCAUCAUGCCUAGUCCAGCAGAUUCAACCAACUCUGGAGACAACAUGUACACUUUAAUGAAUGCAGUACCAGCUGGACCCAACAGACCUAAUUUUCCAAUGGGGCCAGGGUCAGAUGGACCUAUGAGUGGAUUGGGUGGAAUGGAUUCACAUCAUAUGAAUGGAUCAUUAGGCUCAGGAGACAUGGACAGUAUUUCCAAAAACUCUCCCAGUAAUAUGAGCAUGAGUAAUCAACCCGGCACUCCCAGGGAUGACGGUGAGAUGGGUGGAAACUUCCUAAACCCUUUUCAGAGUGAGAGUUACUCCCCUAGCAUGACUAUGAGUGUGUGAUCCGUUAUCAAGUCUCCUCAUGAAGACCACAGUGAGUUGGCCCUCUUCAGAGAGCUACUACAGAAGAAAAUUAUUCAUCCCAGUGUACAGUUUAACAAAAGGAUCUCAGA